GAUAAGAUAAGCCGAGACAUUUCUGUCAAAAACACACGUGUUGUGUGAUACAAGUAAUUUCGUCCAAACUUCGAACAUGUGCAGACUAUACUUUAUUUCAGUUUAUCUGUUGUUAGCAAUUCACACAGUCUUGGUGACGGAGGCAAAGAAGAAAUCGAAAAAGAAUACCGAGGACGACGAAUGGUACGAUCCCUGUCAGGCAAUAUGGUGGAGGAAGAUCUACGCGUCACGUAAGGAGCUGCCCAAGUAUUACUUCUUUGAGAAUUUCGUCGACUGUCUGAGGGAUUACGAGGGUAUUUACGUCAACAACGGCAAUUUUAAGACCCUAGGGCACGGUCGUGAUGUGCCACGGGGCUGGUGGAGCAGGUACCGAGCGCACGUGCGAGAGCAGAAAUAUCCUCUGGAACUCGAGACGUAUCAGGAGUUUGAGCAGCACGCCGAGUACCUGGCCAGCGCGUACACUGUUUACAUCACUGAGUCCAACUUCCCAAUGUUUUGGGACGAGAGAGACAUCCCAGAAGAAUGGUGGACAAAAUUUUACAAAACUCACAAACUUCCGUUUAAAGAUGAUAACGAAACGAAAGACAACUCUGAAGACAAGCAAGGCACAGAGGAGACAACCGACGACCGUCCACCAGAUGACGACAUAGAGGAGAUUAUCGUUGACUAAAUGGGAUUAAAUAGGAUUAAACAAUCAACUAAA